AUGUUGCAUCCCUUGGCUCUUGCAUCAUCGUCCAUAAUGAAUCCGUACGCACUCACAUGUCUUUCCGUCUCGCUUUCCCAACUACUCCUUUCCCCCUACGCUUGCACAGGCUUUUCUCCACCACCGUAACUCGAAAUAUGAAGAUCAUUCCAGUACCAGUUCGAAGUGAUAAUUAUGCGUACCUCCUAGUCGACGAAGCGGCCAAGCAAGCCGCUGCCAUUGACCCAUAUGACGUACCUAAAGUGAGAGCAGCAGCCCUAAAGGCCGGCGUUGAAAUUGUAGCAGGUAUCACUACACACCACCACCAUGACCACAGUGGAGGCAAUCAGGAAUUUGCAAACGCCUUCCCUGGCAUUCCCAUCUACGCUGGCAGUAACAAGGUUCCUGCUCUGACCCAUAUGGUCAAGGACAACGACGAGUUCCACAUAUCAUCCAUUCUUGUCAGAUGCCUAGCCACCCCAUGUCAUACGCAAGACUCCAUUUGCUUUUACGCCACAUCCCCAUCUGAUCCUGCCCAUCCUGGGGGCGUCUUCACCGGUGACACCCUAUUCAUAGCGGGUUGUGGACGUUUCUUCGAGGGAACAGGUGCAGAGAUGCAUGCAGCGCUAUCAUACCUAGGCACACUCCCCGACAAGACAAUUGUAUACAACGGUCAUGAGUACACUGCUGGCAACGUCGCGUUUGCCAAGUCUGUUGACAAUCACAACCCUGCUCUCAAACGCUUGGAGGGUAUCAUCUUAAGCAACGAAAUCACUACUGGUCUUACUACAAUUGGAGAUGAGAAGGAGUGGAACCCUUUUAUUCGCUUGAAUGCCGAAUCUAUCCGGAAAGCGACCCGUGGCAGAACGGAGAUAGAGACCAUCGACACUUUGAGAGAACUAAAGAACCAUUUCAGGGGGUGAGGUUUGCGACAGACGGUUUAUAACACCCUUGAUGAGAUUGAUGCUGCUCUAUGGACAGACCUAGUCGAUUGUAACCAGAUGUAUUAUGGAAGGAAGUAUACAUUGUAACUAUAUCACCAAUCGGAUUUAUGCUUGCUCGUUGCAACCGGAUGUCAGUUACACAAUGAAUGCACACCGUUACG